AUGAAUCAAGCAUCAACAGAACACAAAGAUAGUUGUUCAAGGGAUAAACAUAUUGUUGUUGUACCGAUUCGUUCAUCUCAUUGUCAAACGGAAACAUCAAAAAGUGAUUUACAAACCAUAAAUAUAGAUUUAAAACAAUCAGAAAAAACAAUUAAUUUACAUGAACCACUAAAUGAUAUAUUGUGUCGCCGUUUACAUAAACCAUUAAUGUUUAUUAAUCGUGAUGUGUUUUGUAGACAUAAUCGAACUUUAUUCUAUUCAACAGUACCAUCGGCGGAUCGAAAUAAGGAAUUGUCAACGAUCAAUGCUGCUAAUUUAUUUUCAGCAAAAAAUAAAUUUUCAUUAUCAAAUACUAAAAAUGAAUCAACUUUUCUUCAUGAUCUAACCGAUAUCCAAUCAGAUAAAACAUUAUUUUUAAAUAACUCUCAACCAUUCGUUAUUAAUCUACACCAAGGAAAGCAAUCUAAUAAAAAAUUUAAACGAAAUCGACGAAUAAUCAAUGAUCAUAGUAUACCAUUAGCACUUGCUACAAGUCUUCAUUCAAAUUUACGUUUGUAUGAUGAAGAUUAUUUUCUAACAAAAUAUAUUCAUCCAUUAUUCACAGAAAAACAUUAUGUUCGAUAA